AUGGAAGUCGCAACAUCGAAACCGGUCGUUCUCCACCUCGGGGAGGCGAUUAAAUAUAACCAUACGUUCUUUCGAAAUGACUUUGAGUCUCGGUUCAAAGUUGUCCAAGCAACAGAAACGGAUCGAGAAUCCUUCAUCGAAGCAUUAAAGAGCAGCAAAUACGGGCAAUUCUCGGCUCUCUUCCGCCCACAUUUCCAAACGGGUGGGUUCAUGGGCCAGUGGGACCAGGAGCUUAUAUCAUACCUCCCUUCCAGUGUUCGAAUCUUCGCAUCCGCGGGUGCAGGCUAUAACUGGGCAGACGUCGACAUUCUCGGCAAGCAUAAGAUCUGGUAUACCAACGGCGCAGGGGCAUCAGACGAAGCCGUCUCGGAUACUGCAUUGUACAUGAUUCUGAGCGUAUUUCGAAACUUCACACGUGCACAGCUUGCGGCACGAACAGCAGACCCGAAGAUCUUCACGGCGACGCACAAACUCAUUGCCACGAUCUCGCAGAAUCCUCGUGGUCAUAUUCUGGGCAUCGUCGGGUUUGGGAAUAUCAGUAAGAAGCUUGCGUAUAAGGCGCAUAUGGCGUUAGGAAUGGAAAUUCACUAUUUCGACAUCGUGCGCGCAGACCUUGAUGUUGAAGAAAAACUGCAUGCGAUAUAUCACGAAUCUUUGGAUGAUCUGCUAAGAGUUGCUGAUUGUAUUUCUCUGCAUACACCACUGAACUCUCACACACUUGAUCUCAUUGAUGACAGGGCGCUUUCUUUGAUUAAGCCUGGAAGUCGACUUGUUAACACUUCCCGUGGGGAGGUUCUGAACGAGGAGGCGUUGAUCAAGGCGUUGCAUUCUAGUCAUUUGUCGGCGGCGGCGUUAGAUGUGCAUUAUCAUGAACCUCAGGUAUCUCCAGUAUUGGCCGGGAUGGAAAACGUCACCUUGACAACCCACAUUGGCGGAGGGGCACUCGAUACCAGAAUCAACUUCGAGUUGAACGCCAUGCAGAACAUUUUAGCUGUGGUUGGAGAAAAUGGAGAGUUUGUGGGGGAGCCUUUGACGCCUGUCAAUCGAAAGGCAUUUGAAGUCUGA